AUGUCUAUUGGUGCGUUUUCUGAAUGGCGAAAGCUGCCGAUAAGUUUGACUGAGCUCUGUAUCAAUACUACUCUCCGCUGUGGACAGUCAUUUCGAUGGCAGCAGUCCGGAGACAACGAAUGGAGCUGCGCCCUUUAUGGUCGCAUUGUGUCCUUGCGACAAGAUCCCACCCAUCUCCAUUAUCGGUCAUAUUUUCCCCCAAUUCCACCUGCAUUGCCGACUCCUCCAUCCUCCGUACCAGCAUCAAGAAGAGAAGAGUCGUGUGAGAAGAUUGAUGAUACGGAAGCAUUGAUCAACAACUACUUCAACUUGGACCUGAAUCUUACGGACCUCUAUGAACAAUGGUCAACUGCUGAUAAAAACUUCAAGAAGAAAGCUCCCAAGUUCGCUGGUAUCCGUAUAUUACGGCAGGAUUCUUGGGAGGCACUUAUUUCGUUUAUUUGCAGUAGCAAUAAUAAUAUAGCGCGAAUCUCACAAAUGGUGGAAAAACUGUGUUUGAACUACGGUCCACUGAUCGGAUACAUAGACAAGAAACCAUAUCACGAUUUCCCGACUCCUCAGGCACUUGUAGGUCGUGAUGUUGAAGCACGCCUCCGUGAGCUUGGGUUCGGAUAUCGGGCAAAAUAUAUUUACCAAACUGCCCUUAUUGUUGUUAACGAUCGUGAGGAAGGUUGGUUGAAUUCUCUCCGUAACCCUGAGUGCCCAUCGUUUGGCCAAAGCCCCGCGCAUGCAGGGGAAAUGUCAGAGGGAGGUAGAGAGGGGUAUCGAAAGGCUCAUGAGUGCCUCCUUGAGCUUCAAGGGGUUGGCCCCAAAGUUGCAGAUUGUGCGUGCCUCAUGGGUUUAGGUUGGGGAGAGGCCGUUCCGGUCGAUACUCAUGUAUGGCAAAUUGCGCAGCGCGAUUACAAGUUCGGCAAAGGAAAGCAUAAAAGCUUAACGAAAGCAACUUAUGAUGCCGUGGGUAACCACUUCCGAAGUCUCUGGGGAAAGGAGGCCGGCUGGGCCCACAGCGUGUUGUUCACGGCAGAUCUGAAAACAUUUUCGGAACGUUUAACUUCCAAAGUUGAAGUGGAUGUGAAGAAUAUCGAGAAGCAGGAGCACCGAAUAAAGAUUGAGACCACCAAGCAGGUUUCAAUCAAGAGAGAAAUAUCCGAUGAUUUUGAGGAGACGAAGACACAUAUUGAAAAGGUGGAAACCGAAUCAAAGCGCGUCACAAAAAGACGACGAACAGCCAAGGGAGAUGAAGCAUCUUACCGACGGCAACGAAGAUAA